AUGGUGACAGAGAGUGUGUUUCUAUAUAUCAUGGCAAAGAAUGUCCCCAAUGUGACCACUUUCCGAGAGAACACCAUAAAGCUUCUUGCUGUUCAUCCAGAUGGAAUUCCUAUGAUUGACUUUCUAGAUCUAUAUAGGGAGAAGGAGGUGAGAUUUCCUAAUGUUGGUCCUCCAGUUCCAAUGGAAGCAAUUGGCCCAGAGGAGAAGUAUGAGCGGCAGACUUUCAAUGUGAAGUUUGGCGAAUACUUUGGGGCACAUAUUGGAGAGAUAUACUCCCCAGACAGAUUCUAUUUCCAAUUCCAGAAUUUCCACAUAGAAGAGCUGGACAGGGUCACUGAUCUGAUGGAUGUAACGUAUGGAAGUGGAGCUGGCACAAAGUACAAGAUUCCUGAGCAGUACAUACAGCCAGAACAAGUUGUUGCUGCUGUGUAUUACCCUGAGAAGACAUGGCAUCGGGGAAUCAUUCGUAGAGUCCGUGAAGAUGGUGCUGUGGAUGUGCUUUUUGUGGAUUAUGGUGCAACUGUCAAGAUAAACAGGACUGACUUGAGAUGGCUCUUGAGGAGGUUUAUGAAGAUCCCCGCUCAAGCAUUCAGGGCAAGGUUGGCACACAUCUGCCCUCCUGAUGGUGCAUCAAAGUGGCCCAAAGAGUCCUCAGAGCGAUUCCUCACCUUGGUCAAGGGCAAAGUGUUGUGUGCCCAGCUUGUGAAAAAUACCAGCUCUGUGAGUAUCCAAUGA